CAGGAACACCCCAGCUGUGCCUCAUUCAACCAACCUUUCAUAGAAUUUUGGCCAGAUGUGGACCCAGCCUUUGAGUCUGACCUUUGCUCCCUUAAUUCAGGAGUGGCUUCACUGACCCACAGCAGCUCUCUUCCCCCACUCCUUCCAAAGGACACCUGCCCUUCUGCUCAGUUUGCACAAACUCACAUGGACAAGUGGGGCAUGAAUCAAAGCAAUGAAUUGAUAUGAAUAACAGCCCUUGUGUUCAGGUGAAGAUGGAGGGUGUUUGUUUGCUCUUCCUCUCCUGCUAGCUUAGCGCUCCCCCAGUGGGUGAAAUGCUGCACCUGAUUGGCUGUUAAAGAGAUCAAAUGGAACUCCAGCGGUCCUGCCUCAGCUGUUGCUUCCUCCAAAUUUGCCUGGCUAGGUGGGGAAAACAGGCAAGGGUUUGCUGCCAAAAAGCCAGACCCUGAGGUGGACAUGAGAUGAGGGGGACUGAGGGAAGAAGCCCAAGAAAGGAGCAUGGAUGGGGAGGAAGAACACUACUCUCUCGAGGCUAGGGAAAGAGGACAAUCCACCAUGAGGCCUCCUAGGCGUACCUAACCUUGGUGAUGUGACUUUCCCCAAGCCAUCCCUUCCUUGAUUCUGGAUCCUGGUGGUGUGAUCCUCCUGCUUCGGACACCGACCAUUGUCCCUGGGAUGCAACUGAAAUUUCUGCUUGGCAGAAAAACAUGGAAGAUGAUUCAGCCUUGGCUCCUGUGGAAGGGGCCAACCAAGAGGUUCUGCAAGCAGAAGACCCAGAACUGGAGGCCAUCAAAGCCAAAGUCCGUGCAAUGGAGAAAGACGACGAAUGGCUGCAGGAGUUACAGAAUGAAGCCAAGUCUCUCCUUGUGAGUUCAGACCCAGGUCUCCUGUUAUCUAGAAUAAACGAGAAGAAAGUGGAGGCUGACCAGCGCUCGAUCUAUGUGGGAAACGUAGAUUAUGGAGGGACUGCUGAAGAACUGGAGUCCUACUUCAAUGGCUGUGGACAGAUCAACCGAGUGACUAUCCUUUGCGACAAGUUCUCAGGCCAUCCGAAAGGGUAUGCCUACAUAGAAUUUGCUGACCAGAGUUCCCUCAAAGCAGCCAUGGAACUGGACGAAGGGACAUUCAGAGGCCGUAUCAUCAAGGUGCUGCCCAAAAGAACCAACUUUCCAGGGAUCAGCUCCACAGACCGGGGUGGUUCCAGGGGGCGCUUUCGAGGGCGGGGAGCCCCACCUCGCCAUGCCAGCUUCUGUGGGGGGCAGCGUUCAAGGCCCCGUGGCAGAAUAGUCAGGGGCCGUGGGAGGAUACCUGCUUGGUACACGCCUUACUAGCUGGCAAAGGAGACAACUCGAGCGACAGGCCAGGAGGAAUUCAGAAGGGGAGAAAGGAGGAAAAGCAAAGCCUAUCUGUAUCUGUUGUUACUUGUCAGCCCAUUUGUCCCGUUUGCCCGGAAAGCAACCAUCCUCCUCCUUCCUGUAAA